CUCUCUGGCUGUGAUGUAAGAGGAGGAAGAGGAGGAGGAACUGGGGCCAACAUGGCAGAGGAGGAAGAAGAAACUCCCCCGGCCUUGCAAGCUGUGCAGGAUUUGGUUGACCGCCUCUACUAUUUCCGGGAUCACUACUUUGAGAGCCACAGUGUGGAAGAUGCUGGGAAAAAGCAGAAGGAUGUGUUGGAGGAAAUGGAGAAGACGCUACAGCAGAUGAAAGAGAUAGAAGUUGCUCCCCAGGAUCGUGCUCAAAUGCUGAUGCUGAAGGGGAAGGCUUUGAAUGUGACUCCCAGCUAUAAUCCCCAGGCUGAGGAGCUGCUGUCCAAGGCUGUCAAGCUUGAUCCUAACCUGGUGGAGGCCUGGAAUCAGCUGGGUGAGGCCUACUGGAAAAAGGGUGACAUCACAGCUGCUCACACAUGUUUCUCCGGAGCCCUUGGACAUUGUAAAAACAAGGUUUCCCUACAGAAUCUCUCUAUGGUGCUCCGGCAGCUGCGGGUAGAGAGUGUGGAGCAGCAUGCCCAGAAUGUUAUGAACAGUGUCCGGCAGGCCAAGCUGGCUGUACAGAUGGAUGUGCGGGAUGGUCGCUCUUGGUACGUCCUGGGAAAUGCCUAUCUCUCAUUGUUCUUCAAUACAGGCCAGAAACCCAGUAUCUCUCAGCAGGCACUGAGUGCCUAUGCCCAGGCGGAAAAGGUGGAUCCUACAGCAUCCUGUAACCCAGACCUGCACCUCAACAGAGCAACGUUAUAUAAAUAUGAGGAGAAUUACAUGGAAGCCCUGGAAGGGUUUUCUCGUGCAGCAACCCUUGAUCCAGCCUGGCCUGAACCCCAGCAGCGCCAGCAGCAGCUCCUAGAUUUCCUAGAGCGGCUUACCACCCUCCUGAAAAAUAAGGGUAAGGUGAAGGGUAAAAAGCUGCAGAACAUGCUGGGAAGCUUGCGCCCCUCCCAGCUGGGUCCCUUUGGGGACGGGCGGUACCAGACAUCUGCAGGCCAGAAGGUGGCCCUGCAGCAUCAGCCGCUGAGUGCCCUGCAGCCAGGUGUGAACACGGGCACCGUGGUCCUAGGAAGAGUGUUGUUUAGUCUCACCACAGAGGAGAAGGUGCCCUUCACCUUUGGCCUGGCUGGCUCCGAGGGCCCCUGCUUCGCUGUCACUGUUUAUAACAUGGUGCAAAGUUGGGGUGUGCUUAUUGGUGAUUCAGUGGCUGUCCCUGAGCCACACCUCCAGCACCACCACAUCCAGUACCAGGGCAAGACCUUUGAUUUCCCUGGGAUCCGCGUAGAGACACCGCUUCUGCUAGUGGUGAACGGCAAGAUUCAGGGAUCCCACACCCAAGCAGCAGCUACCUUGGCAUACCAAGCACAAAGCGAGUGAGAUUGUGGGGAGGGGAACGGCGGGGUAGCUCGUCCUGUUGAUGGUGCCAAAGCGAUUGGAUUGGUUGUGCUCUGCUAUUUCUGGGUGAUGCCCAGAGGCUUAAUGUCUCUGAGAGGCUGUGUAGCCAUCAGGAUACAGAGAAUUUACAACAAGGUAACGGGAACAGAGAAUGGGGCCAUCUCCCCUUCAAACUAGGGUAGCUGGGAUGGCAGAUAAAAUGGAGGAGCUCAGAAGGGCACAGUCUUCCUUAUGGAGAGGGGUUGAGAGAGUUCUUCCCACCUUUCUCAAGACUCUCUCUGCUCCAGAUAAUCUUGUUCCUCUGACAUUGAACCUCAUUUGUGUUCUCCCUGUGUGUACCCUGACAAACCACCCCCAAAAGCUAAUCCUGGGUCUGGAGUUGUCCUAAGGGAACUGGGGCAGUCCCCUACAAAGAAGCCCAGAUUUCUUGUAUCCUCAUGGCUGCCCUGUCCUGCCCCACAUUCCCUUUUCUGUCUCAGUUCUGCUCCUUUUUGAUCCUGUUUGGUCUGUCCUUUCUGAGGCAAGUUUGUAAAAGAGCCUUGGGACUUUUGGCUACCCAACUGCUGAGAGUCAUAGGGUUGGAUUCCCUUGGAUCCUUGGAGAAUGGGUCUGACCCAGUCCUCUCCUCUUGGUGUAUAUAGAUUAGUUCAGUAUUUAUUUUGAAAGGCUUGAUCUGUUUUAUAAUUUUAUAUGCUUUUGAAGUUUUUUUUCUAAUGAAUAAAAUUUGUUUUUGAUGCA